CAAGUAUUAGAUCAAUUAUAAUGUUAGAUAAUUUGUCUCUAGUAUUGCAUAAAAAGGAUGACUUAAGAUUGGAAGUAACUGAACUUCCCGGGGACCCGGCACCUAAUGUGGGAAUCUGUGGGUCAGACAUCCACUUCUGGAAAGACGGGGGUAUUGACAAAUGGGUCGUCAAAAAUCCGAUAGUUUUAGGACACGAGGGCAGCGCUACUGUCAUUAAAGUUGGCGCUAAAGUCAAGAAUUUCAAAGUCGGCGAUCGGGUGGCCGUAGAGCCGGGCAUCGCGUGUCUCAACUGUCAGGUCUGCAAAGACGGCAAUUAUAAUCUGUGUCCGGAUGUCAUGUUUUAUGGCGUCGAACCCCUUGGAGGCGCUCUCAGACGUUACUACAACCAAAGCGCCGCCUUUUGUCACAAACUGGCGGACAACAUGACUAUGGCCGAGGGGGCUCUUAUGGAGCCGUUAGCUGUGGCUGUGUAUGCCUGUCGAAGGGGUGGCAUACGAAUGGGUGGCGGACAGAAGGUUAUGGUGACCGGCGCCGGACCUAUUGGACUGUUAGCCGCGCUCUCGGCUAAGGCCUUAGGGGCCGAAGUGGUCUGCAUUUUAGAUAUAAACGAAAGUCGCCUCCAAUUCGCCAAACAGUUAGGAAUCGACAAAACAGUAUUGAUUGACACGAAGGCAGACGUGGAGAGUCUGUGCCAACAAGUGGUGGAUCUGUUGGGCGACUCACCGGACGUGUCACUGGAGUGCAGCGGCGCUGAGAUGUCCUACAAUCUGGCCAUCUCUGCGUCCAAAUGCGGCGCCAAUAUAGUGAUGAUAGGGGUGUCCAACAAGAAAGUCAGUGUUAACCUAUCGAGCGCUGCCUGUCGUCAAGUGAAUCUGUUGGGAGUCAUGCGAUAUCUUAAUAGUUUCCCAAUGGCUAUACAUCUGGUAUCGAGCGGUAAGAUUAACAUAAAGCCAUUGAUUACACACACGUAUAAACUGGAGGAGGCGUUGGAGGCAUUUGAAACCUCCCGUAAUUGUGCGGCCAAUGGUGCCAUCAAAGUGCACAUUCAGUGCUAUCAGUAA